AACGUCUUCGAAAUCAAACAAACACGCGGAGAUUACAGUUGGCUACUGUCCACAGUACAGAUACAAAUCCGUACUCAUCUGUUCAAAAUACAAAUCCCCAACCCCAUCGCAAUCGGCGCUUGUCAGCCUCGCCUAGCCACCGCCGCCGCCGUGGCCAUCAGCAGCGUCCCGAACCGACUCCUCCGCUCCCAUCUGCGGCUCAAUUGUGUAACUUUUAGAAGUUUCUCUUACCGUCGAGUGAUGGACCCCCAGUCUCCCAGUGGCACCACCGUAGCCGAUAGUUUUGUGCACGUGGAGAAAGGGGAUUCGGCGUCCGGUGAAAAUCAAGAAGCCUUGUCUGAAAAUGAGGGUGGAAAUGAUGCCAAUUAUAAUGUUUAUGAGAGGAAGGUUCUGCCUCCGGAGCUUGCUAGGAGUGCGGUGACCCUCAGCUGCGAUUCGACCGCGGAGGGCGGCGUUUGUGAUGUUUAUUUGGUCGGAACCGCGCACGUUUCGAAGGAAUCGUGCCAAGAAGUUGAAGCUGUGAUUGAUUUCCUGAAACCGCAGGUUGUUUUCUUGGAGCUAUGCUCUUCUCGCAUUGCAAUUCUUACGCCUCAAAAUUUGAAGGUGCCGACAAUGGGAGAAAUGGUGGAUAUGUGGAAGAAAAAUCAUAAUCUGUUUGGAAUACUUUACAGUUGGUUUCUUUCUAAGGUUGCAAGUAAACUUGAAGUUUUGCCUGGGGCAGAAUUUCGUGUGGCGUAUGAUGAAGCAAUGAAGUAUGGGGGCAAGGUUAUACUUGGUGAUCGACCUGUUCAAAUUACAUUGAGAAGAACAUGGGCGAAAAUGCCUCUUUGGCAUAAGAUAAAACUAUUGUACUCAUUACUAUUUCAAGCAGUUUUCUUGCCUAGUCCUGAAGAUCUGAAUAAAAUGCUGAAGGAAAUGGAUGAUGUCGACAUGUUAACUCUUGUAAUCCAGGAGAUGAGCAAGAAGUUCCCAACACUAAUGGAAACCCUUGUGCACGAGCGUGACCAAUAUAUGUCAGCCACAUUAUUAAGAGUUGCCAGUGAGCAUAAUUUGGUGGUAGCAGUUGUUGGAAAGGGUCACUUACCGGGAAUUCAAAAGAACUGGAAGCAGCAUGUUGAGGUGAAGGAACUUCUUACAAUACCACCCCGAACCAAGACUAUUUCAGCUGGAAAAAUACUCUCAGCUAUCGGAAUUACGGCCGCAGGGGUUGCCAUAAUAUCAGGUAUCUACUUAUCCAGCAAGAAAUAAUAAUCAAUCCCUUCUUUGCUAAACAGAAGAUCUUCCUGAGCAAUUGUAACAAUAUACUCUUGUCAUGAUCCAUCCUAACUAUAUACAUACAUGCAUGCAUAUACUCCCCUGUUCAAAUUAAGACAUUCAGGUUAAAUAUACAUACAUAUAUCUAUAUAUAGAGAUACAUCGAGAUAUUUCAUAUUUGACCAAGCAAUAGGAGUGUACGUAGAGUUUAAUUUGGGCAGCGGAUUUGUUUGUUUGUUUUGAUUGAUUCUAUUAGUGUAUUGUAUUUGUAUGCUAGAUGAAUCAAUCUUGUGCAAAGAUAUAUGAAUCAAUUAUUAUUUACA